CAUAGAGCAAUCCUGACAGGAGAUUAAAAGCAGUGUUUCAUCAUGUUAGUCGGCUACAGCAGCAGCUCGGAGGAAGAAAGUGAAGUAACCACUGAUACAAACACCAGUUUGUCCCGAAAGUAUCAAGAGGAAGAUGAUGGUGACGACGGCUGCCCAGUGAGGAAGAAAGCCAAAAUGAAGCAACUGGUUCCUAAAACAAGGCUGCCUGUCCCUGGUGAUUUGUUGGCCAUGUAUCCAGAGGAAGAGGAUCCACAGACUGAUGACAGCUCUCUCCAUGGCGGACGCAUCCGCUCCUUCAAACACGAGAGAGGAAACUGGGCCACAUAUGUUUAUUUUCCAUACAAUCCUGAGGAGGAGUUUUUGGAGCUGCUGGAUGAGCUGCUGUCUGCAGCAGGGGCCCACGGUGUAGCUUUGAAGCCGCAGGAAGAGUUCCAUCUCACCCUUUCUCAGACGGUGGUGCUGAGACAUCACUGGAUCCAACCUUUCAUACAGAGCCUCAGGACAGGCCUGGCACACUGUAAAAGAUUGGCGUGCUCAGCGGGGAAACUGAAGGUCUAUUGUAACGCUGAGAAGACAAGGACGUUCCUGGGAAUGGAAGUGCUAACGGGACAAGAUCAGUUGCUGGACCUGGUGAGAGCAGUGGACAGGACGAUGACGGAGUACCGACUGGAUACUUUCUAUAAGGCUCCAUCUUUCCACAUCAGUCUGGCCUGGUGCGUCGGGGACUUCACAGCGCCGAUGGAGGAGUGGAUUCAGGAGCUGCAGAGUCUGGUUGAUCACCAUGAAGAGGGAGUGUUCACGCUGAGGCUGGACUGUGCCGAGCUUCGCUGCAGGACAGGAAACAAGACAUUCCGCUUCCCUCUAGAGUCCUAAAACCUGCACAUGUAUACAGGAUGUGUUAUCAUGACCAAUGGAACCUUUACUUUUUAGCUGCAAUACAGAGGGAGCAACAGGAGUGAUGCACAGACGUUAUCAGAUCAGCAUACUGUUGAGUUACAUGCAAGUCUUGUGUCUAAAGGAAAUUGUGACAAACACUUCACAAACCACAAGGACUCACCAGGUUCAAUACAACAGUUAUGAAUCUGUUGACUAUUUUUUUGAUUAGUUGAGUAAUAAAUUAAAUAAAAUGUUAGAAAAUCAUGAAAUAUUUGCUUUCCAGUAUCCCUUCAAUAUCUUCAAAUAUCUGUUUUUGUCCGAGCAACAGUCCAAAAAACCCCAAAAUGUCAAAAGACAAUCAACAAUGUUUUGUACGGUUGUAUGUAAUAUUUUCAUAUUUAA